AUGGAAAAGUCCAGGUGCGUCAUCUGCGGGUCGACCAGCUUCCGCAUAGAGGAGGCCCAACUCGUCUGCAACGAAUGCAACUACGUGAACGAAAUUCAACAGGAGCAGUUCGAAGACGACUAUGAAGACCGCCAAAUAGAGGAUAAUUUAAAUAAGGAGUACCUUGAGAAGGACUUUUACGAAGUUUUGAAAAAGCUCUACAAAAAUGAUAAGAUAAUUGCUAAAAUUAAAAAUUAUGUUUUCAAAGAUAAUGAUGAAUUUUUUGUAAAGUACCAGAAAUUGUUACUAAACUUUAUGUAUGUCUUUAUUUCGGAACAUCAUUUGCCUCCUCUCCUAUACGAUGAAGUGAAGAAAAUUUGGUUCUACUUACUCAAGGUCAAUAUAAUGAAUGCAAAUGUGUAUGUCCCUAUGGGGGAUGCAAAAGAUUCAGUCAAAUCUGUCUUCGAAGUUAUUCGGGCACAGAAAUUGAAAGAUAUUUCUGCAGACAUUUUAUACAAUGGGAAUAUCAUUAAGGGGAUUAAAAAUGUAAUUAAAAAAAUGGGACUCAGUAAGUCCUCCCACUUUUUCAUCAUACAAAAAAGAAUUAUCAGCGAAACGGGAAAGUCUUUAGAAUUCCUCCCUAAAAAAAGUGAAGUCCUUAAAAGGUCCGAUGUUAAACUGUUAAAUCUGUACAAACAGACUGCCCUCUUAGAUAGCGAAAAAAACAACAAGGAAAAUUUUUUAAAAAUUAACGAAAUAAUUCAUAACAUUAGGAAGUCCAAACGGGCAGACGAGGGGGAAGAAGUGGACCAAGAUGGAGAUCACAAUUUUGCCAUUUCAAAUGUCGGUGCGAAUAGGGAGGCUGCAAAUCCAGGGGGAUAUUCAGUUCAUGCGAAGAGGGAGGAAGAAGACAUCCUUUCUGAUCAGCAACUCAUGGAGGCACAACCCAGGCUAAACAGUUUAGGAGACAAUUACGAAGAUUUUAAUAUGUAUGAGGGGGGUGCUGAUGGGGAUGAAAUGUUCAACCUGGGGGACUUCCCCGAGUUGGACCAAUUUGGACAGUCGGACCGGAUUAAUCAGGAGGAACCUCCAGACAAGGCCGCUAUACCUCACGUUACAGAUGCCCCAAAAGAUGUGGAAAACUUCCCCCAAGACGAAAAUUACGCGCAAGGCGAACGAGUGUACCACUUCUGCUCCUCCUUCAUAAUCAAUCAGUUACUUAAACAUAAAAAAUUGUUGAGACCGGUUGAUCCAAAUAUAUCCACAAAUUAUAUGAACAGAUCCGUUAACUACACCAAUGUUAUCGACUUAUUCUACCAGCAUGAUUUUUUAUAUUAUUUCCACGAGGAAUUGAGGAAAAAAUGCGACAUUGAAUUUUUGUCCUUCUACGAUAUAAUGCAGGUGUUCAAAGGGGAAUACGAUUAUCUGUUGCCCCCCUCUUUGGGCCUCAGCAAAGGUCCGUAUAUCCCCCCCAGUGAGGGCGAAACCACUGACAGUAGUCCCCCCAAAGAGGACAUCCUUCCGGAGGAGGAACACCCCUUCGACGAACUUACCCAAGUGAAGGACGAUCCAGGCGAUAUCUUCGGUUUAGACAUAAACGAGGUUCCCUCUUAUGAGGAGCUAAAAAUGGAACAGUCAUCCAUAGCUGUACCAUUAACAGGUGACCUACUCGAAAAAGCUCCUCUACCGAGUGGCGAUGAACAUUCCUCCAUUGUUGAAUCUUUGAGGGAUAAUUUAAGUGUAGGGGGAGAAUUCUCCGAGUUUUUAGGCCCCAAGGACGCCCAAAGAAGUGGCGACAAGGCAGAAGCAGGUGACCUACUGACGUUGGACCAACUGGAGGGGCUAUAUGAAGACGGGUUCGGGGAGGAUGGCGAACAGAAUGCCCUGGUCGAAAUGCUGAAAAGUGGCCAGCUGGACAGAGAAAUCGCAGCACACAAGAAGCACAAACGUUCCGCUGAGGAGGUAGAAAAAAUUUUGAAAAAUUACCAAAAGUACGUUGAACUGAGGAAAAAGAGCGGAAAGGGUCUCCUGCAGAACGAGCGUGCCGUUAGGAUUGAAACUCUAUCUGAUGAUGAAAGGUUCGAGGGAAAAAAGGGGCACAAAAAGGGGGGUACUCAGGGGGGUAAGGAUCCAGUGAGCAAACCCGAGGAAAGGGGAGAGGACAUCGACCUGCUUGGUCAGCUAUCCCCCCGCAUGAAUCAAAUAAUCGACGCUGUGCCAGAGUAUGACGUAGAAGGUGUUCCUUCCCCGGGUGCAAACAAGGUAAGUUCUCCUCUCCUCCAAGGGGAGGCAACAGUUGGAGUACCACCAAUGGCAGAAGCGGGGGGGAGAGAGAAGCCAAUCAAGAAAAAUAGCAACAAUUUGGGUAGUGGCCCCGGUAAUGCUUCCACCACCACGAGCAUACGCACAGUGUAUAAAAAGCUGGAACACGUGAAUAAGAUCAAACGGGAAAGGAGCAUAACCAUUGAAAAGCACUCCUACGAUAAUGGACUGAAAAAGGCACAGAAAAAUUAUAGCAAAAUUGAGCUAUUUGUCAAGGGGUGCAUAUUAACACAAAUAAAGGAAGAAAAUUUGAAAUUAGAAAAUGAAAAAAUGCUCUACAUUCCCGAUAGGUACCUCAUCGAUUCGUACAUUUUUGAUGGCCUCUACGAAAACUUCCUGUACAUUUCAAACCUAAGUAAAUUCAGAACCAUGACGAUAAAGCAUAUAUAUAACGAAUACGUUAAUUUCUUUCUAAAGGAUUACAGAGAAUAUUUAAUAGACGAUGAGGCAUACAAAUUUUCCUACAACUUUUCCUUCGACUUGCUCUUCUACGUGUUGUACUACUCAAUGAAAAGGUUGCAGAUUCAGUGUCUCCCCCACAACCUUACCAAUUACAUCAAUUUAGACAACUUUAAUCUGUAUAGAAUUUUUAAUAACGUUCCUGAAUUGCUGCAAAAAAUUUACAAAGACGAAUCUUCUCUUAAUACAUUCCCUUUGAAAAACACAAAUUUUUCAGAAAUUAAAAAGUCUUUUUUUAUAAGAAAUUUAAAAACUGGCGUACCUUUUCUCUGCAUGCACAAUUAUGAACACACCAGUAAACAUUUCACACCGGAAGAAGAGAACCAAAUUAAGGCCAACCAAAAAAAAAAAAAAAAAUUACAUCCUCACAAAAUUACCUACUUUAAAGAUUUCAAGCAUUUAAAUAAAAUGAACAAUUUUUUCUCCUACUUUAAUAGAGCAAAAUGGGUAAAAGAAUUACCGCUUUUUAACUCCUCUUUAAUUACAGACUUGUAUAGCCAAAUUAACGACUUGGUCUUUAAAUUUCAGCUGCCCAAUUUCGUGCAAAUCUAUUCCAUGAAGCUCCUUCACAUGACCAUUUUCAAGUACAGGUUUUAUAAGUUCCUCUUUAAUGUGUAUAGCAAUCAAUACGAUGAUAUGCACACAGAAUUAAAUAAUUUUUACUCUUUCAAGCAUAUACUCAAAGAUUUCAAAAUGUUCUAUACGAGGAGAAGCGCGUCUGUCUUUUCGAAAAAAGAAAUUAACAGAUACAUUCUCUACUUAAUGAAGAAGGAGCUUUAUCUUAAAAAAAAAAUUUUACAAAAAAAAAAAAUUUUUCACAAAAACAGUGGACAACUCAAUUAUAAGGUUUACAAUAAAUUGAACUACUUUUAUCGUCAGAAAUUUAUCUGUACCUUUUUUAUCACCUUGAAGUAUACCCUUUCCGUGGAAAAGAAAAGGUUCUAUAGCAUCGCUGCUGCUUGUGUCCUCACUGCCUGCAAGUUCUACUACCCCAUGUUCAACUGCGACUUUUUCAGUUUCCAAAAUAUGUUCAUUCGGGAUAAAUUUGAGAGCUUCCACGAGGCUAACCACUACCACUGUCAUAUGCAGCAGGGGGUGCACCUCUACAAUGGGGGAGGCCUACAAGAAGGCCCUCACCUGAAGGGGAAGCAGAGAACCAAACGGGACGGUCAGGACGCACCUGUAGAAAACCCCCCCAUGGAUAGUUCCCAACACAUCAAAAUAAAAGCGGCACUCAAAAGAGCUAAUCACAAAACGGACAAGUCAAAGGAGGCAACAAGUCCAGAAAGUCAGCCCCAUGGAAGAAAGCGGAAGUUACCCACACCGUCGGGAGAAGUGGAUUCGCCAAAAGGGGGGGCAGAGGCCAAAAGGGCAAAGCGUGUCGAAAGCAACGGGGAGGAAGUUCCCCCGCUUGGCGAUGGAAACUUAAUGGGUGAAUGCUUAAGGAAGGAUCACAGGGGUAAUAACCACACCGAUUAUGCAUAUGACCACUACAGUGAAAUCUUCACCGAUUCAUCCGAAGAGGCUUCCUUCUUUCUCCCCACCGAUGGAGGGGAAAAUAAUCAUGGCAAGAACGAACUGGAACAUUUUUUGGCGCAGGAUUACUCUACAGAUAGUAGUGACUUUUGCUGUGAUGAACGCAUGCGUGGCAAUGCCUAUGGUAAAUUUCAUAGAGAGAUCAUUUUUGAGGAGGCACCCACGGGGAAGAUGCCCUCCCAGAGGGGCAGGAAAACCAAAAUGAAAACAACCCCCCCUAUGCCUAUUCGGAGAAUACACUUUAAGGCAUCCAUCCAGAAAAGCACUUGUUAUUUUGUGCCCAUCCCGAGCAUUAUGAAGUUGUUUUUUAACUACAGACGGUUUGCCUCCCGUGACACCACAUUCGACUCCCUCCUGGACGUCAAUCAUGACGGUGCAUGUAGUUCCCCCGACGAGACGGACGAAGAAGAACAAUACAUUUCUCACGUCGCAUCAGGAGGGAACCCCUCCCCUAACACUACACACAGGGGCAAGAAAGAUAGUGUAAAGAAGACGCUUAUUAAUAAGAAGCCAGAAAAUGUGAAUCGUAAACAAAAAUAUCCGAAUCACAAUAAACACCCCCUGCCACGCAUUUAUGUUAAUACUCAACAAAGCGUUUCAUCUUCAGGUAGGAAUAAAAAUAGACAUGGAGAAAAACCAGUCAUUCAUUCAAAAAAGUUGAGGGUACAUCAGAACCCGUAUUGUUGCAAGGAGUUGUUAGAUGCACCACCUACGGUAUCCCCUCUUGAAAGAAAGGUGGAUCAAUUGAAAGGAAAGCUGUUUCAAUCCCUUUGCUUAAGCAACUGCCCUCAACAUAUAGACCAUUUCAAUUUCGACGUGAAGAAGUUACUUCUAUAUAAUUCGAUGCGUAGCUUCAUGAAAGAGUGUGGACUACCCCCCGGUGAGGGAGAAGCACGCAACUUACUCAGUGAAGAAGCAUCUGAAUGGUUUUUUCUUCUCAAGAUGGUGUCAUCUUGGGGAGAGAAAGGUACAUCUGAAAAUUCGAAUCUGGGGAUCAACCCCUCCGGGAGCUUCAACUCAAAUGUGGAUGGAAACCCCAUAGGGGAAGGUAGCCAUAUCGGUAGGCGCAUCAGUACCGCUGUUCAUAGCCGGCCCGGAGCGAACCACCCUAGGAAGGACAAAGACGAAUUUGUAAACUUCAACGACGAAACGGUGGAACAAUUCAUAAAGGCGAAUAGUCUCACAUGCAGGGAAAAAAAUCUGUACCGCGCACUGAAAAAACAGAGCAACAUUAUCGAUGUAGGUAACGCAAAGGGGAUAACAAACGAUGAAUCACAAAUAAUUAGACAAACACAUUUAAUACAUUCAAAGAGAUACGAAAUUCUUUUCUUCCGAUACGUCAUGUAUGAGUACUACACCAUGUUGCCGCUUUUGCCAGAUUUCCAAUUCAUCGUAGACACGCUAAACGUAUACAUGACUUAUACGUGGAACGUGUAUCACACUCUCUUUUUAUAUUACCAGAUAAAACAUACCAUAGAGGAAUUUUUCAAAUGCUUCACUCAAGUUACAAACAUGCUAGACUAUUUUCUCCUAAUCAUGAAGCGUAAAGAAUACAUAGAUGCAAAACAGUUUAAUUGUUUUUUCAGGAACAAGUACAGAAAAAAAAAAAAAAAAAUUUCUUACAAUUUAAAAAGAUUGUUCUUCGUCCUUGAGCUCUUCAGUGCCCUAUACGGAGUGAAGUCUAAAAUUCCCCAUCAGUCCAAAUUUUCCCCAGGCGAAUUUUUUUAUAACAAUUGUACCCUUAUAUAUCACAGGAAGAAGCAAUACGCAGAAGGGGUCAAUAGAAAAAAAGAAAUCCGUGCUCGUUUAUCUAAGGUGUUUAAAGGGGGUUACUAUGAAUACCUUAACAAUAUGCUCCAGAACGUCUUCAACCUCGACAUGGUUAAAAGGACGGUGAAGAGAAAAAUGAGAAAAGCACGAAAUGCAAUACACGAUAUGAUUAGGAAUACCUACAUGUGUGAUGAUUAUAUUCAUUCGUAUGUUUUCCCUCCUACACGGAAAACCCUAUUCCACAUAACCGUGCGGCAUAUCAAGUUUUUUAGCCUCAACUUUGAGGGAACCCUAAACCUCGUCAGGGGGAAUUAUGCCACUUGUCUGGAUGAAUACUUCGAAGCGAUGGAUAGGUGCGGCUUGUCUAGCUUGGGCGAUGUUGUGACGGUGUUGUCUGUUGGUCCCGCAAAUAAAGGAACCAACCGAGGUGGGAGUUACCCUAUUAUCUGCUCACCCAAACGGCGCAGAAAUGCACAUGGUGCUCUAUCCAAGUACCUAACCCUAACUCUAAACAUGCAGAAGAAAAAAAUGCCAGUACCCUACCUCUUCUGUGACAGCAGCGCUUCAUCCAGCAGGACCAAAGACGGCAUCUACUUUCUCCACCAUGACAAAUCAGACGUGAUAAACGAUUGCAUCAACUUUGUGAUGAGGAAAAAUUACAAGGUUCUAAAUAACAAAGAACUGAGCGACAUUUUAAAGUAUAAAGUGGUGGUGGAUGUGCAAGGGCAGGUGUGCAAACAGUUGGAACAGUACCAGGAUAACGAUGCGGGGCCCCACUUUACUCGAAGCACUUGUUACAACAUAGAACACGACAUAGGAUUCUACCAUAUGGUUAAACAUUUAAAAUAUUUUAAAAAAAUGAGAAGAAUUAUCACACAGCCUGGGGAUAUAUUUCUCCUCUACUACCUAAGUUACUGCACCAACUUGUUCAAAAGGAACCUUUUCUCACGGAGCGAAUUAUGCACCAAUAAUUUUUUAGCAAGACGGAUACUCUAUUCCUUCCUACCUGACAUUUUUAGGUGGAACAAAAAAUCAAAUAAAAAUUCAGCCGUUAUGAAGAAUAAAAUUAUAAAUUAUAUGCAACUGUUCAGGUUUAUCCUUCGUCGAAGGAGGAACACAUUUUUGGGAUCCGAGGGGGGGAUGUUCGUCUCCAUCUGUGACCCCUCUAGUAGGUGCCCCCAUUUUGGCGAAAAAAAAAAACUUUUUAAAAAUUGUCCUUCCACAAGUGCAGCAAAAUCGAAUGGCACCUCCAUCCGGUGUGACGAGCAAUUUCAAUCCACAUUGCCCCUUCGGAGGGACAAAAAAGGGGAACCUUCUAACUGCACGAAAUGGCUUAACUUGGUGGAUGUGUCCAAAAGUUAUGAAAAUUAUACAAAGCGUUUGCGGUACCCCCUUUCGAGUACUAAUGAGCUCCUCUUUAAUAAAAUUAUUUUUUUCAAUCUGGCAAAUGAAACAGUCCUUAGUGACCUAUGGCAGGAGGGCAGGCACCCCCCACGGGGAGGGGAGAUCUACCACCGUAGUGGUGAAGACGCUUCAAAAAGACACAACCGAAAGGGGAAAGGAAAUCAGAUGAAAGAAACUCCCGCAAUAACAACCCCGAUGGAGCGGAUCGCCUACUCCCUCAUUCUGGACAAUUUUAUCAACCACAAUAAGCAGCUCAUUUUGAUCAGAAAUGCGAACCGUUUUUACACCAACUUGGAGGAGAAAAUUGAGAGGAAACUUUACAAAGUCAGAAACGGUAUGAAGACCACCACGAACAGCACUACGAAUGACAGUGGCAGCGUCAGUGUGUGUUCUUCGCUCCCCCUCGCGCUACCACCUGCAGAACAAAACAAAAGAGGGAGGAAAAAAGGAACAAAGAUAACACCCUCCUCUGUAGACACCCCGAAGAUAGUAAAAUACAUCGUACAAACAAGGUACCAGAAAAAGUGCAGCGUCUUAACAUCUAUAUUUCAACAAAUGGAUUCAAGGAUUAACAAUCUGCCCUAUAACAUUCUACCCAAAGAAGACCCAAUCAAAACUGUAGUCACCUUUGAAAAAACAAAUGUGCGUCAGGAACAAAACGUAAUAGAGGCGGUAGACUCCAUCAGCUCGAUUCAUUCUAAAUUGUUCACACAGUUGAAAGGACUCUUUUCUACUGUCCCUUUAGAUGGGUUCCUUAUUAGCCACCUGGAGAAGCGAUUCGCGCAGAUGUUCCCCAGGGAGGACCUAAAAGAGGAGCUUUCCUACUUCGUUCAUGAUAUUUAUGCCAAACUGAAAAUGAGUGCUUCGAAUGGGGUCGACGUCGCAGAGGAGCACCUACAACGGGGUAAAAACCACGCCAUCGAAAGGAACGUUAGCGAAAGAGAUGUCAGCGAAGGAAACCCCCGUGGAAGCGAGCCAAGUGACGCCCCCACAGAGGAAGACGAAUUUCUUUACCUCUCCACAGAUGUAGACUCGUACAAAACAGAUUCCAUGUACCCACUCCAAUUGAAAAAAAAUGAAGCAUAUCGUGAUCUUAGAAAAUAUUUUAAAAAAAAUCAAAAACAACUAAACAUAGCUAUGGGAAAUAAGGAGUCUUGUGAGUUUAACAGAUUCAGGUCCUUUUUCAAAGAAGCGGAACAUAUUCGAACUGAUGACAUAAUCAUACACGAGUGUUACAGAAUAUUUGCCAACGUUUUUAGGAAGAUGAGUAGCUGUUUGAGCCACUUUCACGAUAGGGACGUCUGUGGGGCACCAUUUUACAGGCGCCUAUUCGAGUGGCAUAGCAACCUCAACAUGUACGACCCUUUUUUACUCAUCCAUAAUAGACACCACCAGUAUGAUAAAGCAAUAAGGGGGGAUUCAUCUAGGCCGAUUGUUCCCUCCGAGGAAGGGAGAGAAGCCCAAGGCAAAAUUAAGGGUGACACAAAUGGGCGCUUCUCCACUACAGUGAUGAAAAAAGGGAAGCGAAAAAGGUCCUACAAAUUGGGAGGAAAUUUCCACGCAGAACCGUACAUCUGCAUCUACAACGACAACACCUUCUUCAACACAAACGACGCGUCUCUAACAGCGGAGGUCACCAAAACUGAUAAGUAUGAAGAGUCCCUGCUUAAUUACAGCCUGAACAGAAAUUCGCAUUUUGAGUUUAUGCCCAAUGUAAACAGCUUCACAUUGAGGCUAAAAAACGAUUACAUAAAAAAAAAAAAUAAAACGAUAUAUCAGCAAGUGAAGAAGAAACAAAUACACAAGAUAAGAUACGUGCAGAAUGUUGUUCGGACGGGUAAAUACACGUACUUUUUUUUUUCCUGUCUAGCCUACCCAAUGAGUCACAUUCCCAGAAUCAUGUACCUUUUCUCCAUAAGGUAUUUCCCCUCACUUUUUGUAAAAACAGCGAAUUAUUUCAACUACCUUAAGGUAGACCACCACUUGUGGCAAUUUCUGUCUACCUGCCAUGCCAGCACAGUUGAUGAGAUAUUCAAAAAUGUGAACAACAAGAAAAACUCAGAAAAUAUUUUCCAUUUCUUACGUUUUAGAGGAUUCUACGUAAAUCCAUUUUCCUUGCUAGGCAGUAUAUACUACGCAAAGGACAUUCAACUUUUGUGCUCCAAAUUUAAACUGUCUUUAUGCAACUACUUUAACACGCUUCACACAGUUUUGUCUGUGCAGAAUAUGAAGAGAGAGUCCAGGGGUGUUAUGCAGGAACGGGAUAAGCUUGGGUGGGACGACCGAAGUGAAGCCGGGGGAGAGCAUAUCAUCUGUGACAAAACUCAGAUUGAUCAAAAAUCAUCAGGGAGCGAUCCAGAUAUGUUUGGCCAAAUCCACAGCCUGUUGGACGUCCCCCGGAAGGAGUCAAGCGAAGUGACCCCCCCAGAGGAGCAGGACAGCAAAAGCGAAAUGACAACCUCAAACGGAAAUGCAAGAAGAAAAAAAAAAGCAAAAAAAAAUUACAACGAUUCGCACAAUUACAUGACGGAGAUUCACAUCCCAACGACCAUAAAAUUUUCCGACGACGAGAAGAACAACAUCGAAGAUGGUAAAAUAAAUAAAUUUUUUGAAAAGAUCAACCCUAAAAACAGUAAUACCUUUUCCAAGCGAAGUCGUGAAAUUCGAAACAUCUCCCUCCUGGAGGAUGCAAUACAAAGAGGAGAUGAAAUGAGGGAUGACUUAAAAGACAUGUUUUUUACAAGCGAAAUGAAAGAACUUUUAUCCAGAGAAAACAUCAUGGAGGAUGAUGACGAUAAUGAGAGCGAAACUUUCCUGCAACGUGCUCCAAAUGUUAACACGUCCAUUACGCACAAUGUCCUUGCGCUGCGGCCAGUCGAACGGGGGGCAAAGAAACGAAAACAACGGGAACAACGGCUUUGUACGGAGAGUAAGUUGGAAAGUAGACCACCACAUACAUCUAAACGGUUAGGUAACCUUCCGCUAGAUCGAUCCUACAGCGACCAACUUGUGCACACCGAAAAGGAGGACCAUUCGAAUUUGCACUACUACCUGUUUGGAGAUAACGAAACGAAUCUUCCUUCAGUCAUUGAAAAGGAGAAAAAGGCUUCCCAGCGGAAGGCAUGGUCUGGCCACUCCAAGGCAAACAAUGGAGAAGCGGAAAAAGUGUCUGAAAUUGCCGAAAUGGUGGGAAAAGAAGACGAGACGUUCACACAGAACAUCCCCCCACAGAACGACACAGGUACAAACAACGACUGCGUGAGUGAGAAGCAUUUUGAAAUGUAUGAUCAGUGGGUGGAGCAAGUCGAACGGGACAGCCAAAGUGACCUGCACGGAGGUUCCCACGUGGUGCGUAGUACCACCAGUCACAAUAUCAGCGUCGGUGUGAGUCAUAGUGCAAGUUGGAACGAGAGUCGAAAUGCCAGCUUAUUUAGUACGAGCCGCAACCCGAGCGUGAACUACGUGAACUUGCGUAGUAGCAAUGGGGGACGGAAGAUGCAUAUCCACAAGGUUGGUAAACUUCGAAACAAACGAAGUGGUAGUCACUUCAAACGGGGAAAUCUCUCCAAGAAGAACAUUCCCCCGAAGGGAGUAGAGCGCAUAUAUGAAAAGUGUCUUCGAGAACACCUGGACACGGAAAUGGCCAAGCCUUUCUCCACCCCCUCAGAAACAAUAAACCUGUAUAACGUUAUUUUAAAUUCGCUGCAUAAUGAGAUCCUUCUAAAAAAUGAUUCCAUCACCUAUUGGAAGUACAUAAAGAAGACCCCCUUGGAAUUUAACUACAUCGUAUAUAAGGAAUUUUCCACACACACAAGUUACUACUCAGAGCCCUAUGACAAAAGUGUGCUGAACGAAUUUGUCGACAUUUUUUACACGCACAAGUUUAGGGAUAAUUAUUUGGGAAGUGCACGUGCGAAAACGGCGGGGAGAGGAGUAGGUCUUCUCCUACACGUAGGUGAUACAGAUAGGAUUGACCCCGGUGGAGAUAACCCCAUUCUUGAUGCACACAAGGAGGGCAGUGAAAGCAAAUCGCAGGUGGACGAAUUCUUUUGCCUGAAUGAUGAGCUUUUUGCGGCUGACGGGGGAGAUGUCCUGUUGCCUGCGGAACGGACUGCAAGUGAAAGCGCCGACCAAGGUAAUCUACAAGGUGAUCUACAAAGUGAUCAACAAAGUGAUCUACAAAGUGCCCCCCUAAAUGACCCACAGGAUGAUUUGCAAAGUCCCCCCAGGAAGAAGAUAACAUAA